UCUACCCCCUAACUAAUUGCAUAUAGAUGAACCAUGUUGAUAGCUACAGCCUUGCUUGUCAUUCGGUGCAGGUGUCACCAAUGAGGAAAUUGGCUUUCUGUAGACCGCAGCACUGCCAUGCUCUAGUGCAGCAAACCAAUCCUUGCAAAUAAACAAAAAGAAAUGGGGAUGUGGUUCCAGGCUCAAACAAUGCAAGUGGGGGUACCUUGUCACUGUCCCUCCCUCUGGCUGCUACCGUUAAAGCUCUAGAGUUGCGUCCUGCGAAGGCUGUGUUCCUGUUCCAUGCACUGCUUCUCCUACCUGCUGCUUACCGGUAUGUCAUGACGCUCUUUACAAGUUCCCAUAACUACUUAUAAUUUCUGGGGGGAUUGCCUUCCUGAUCAGAAAGAUACUGUUGCAUCCUCGUGAUAUCCUAUCCAAUAUCAAGAAACCAGGGAACGAGAAAGCCAAUUGCCACGGGGAUGGCUACAGGAGGGCGUUGCGAAGCUGCUACAGUAGUAGGAGGAAUGAGUAAGCUCCUCAAAGAUACAUCUACUAGCUAGCUAGCUUGGUAAAGUUCCGGAUAUCUUUUUCAAAUCCGAAUGGUUGAGCGAUAAUCUUGGUGCCAACGAGAAUUCCAAUUUGGAUCCAUGGCAAUUGAAUCCAUUCUGUUGAAGCAAGAUCGAGAAAGCAUUGACAACGAUAGCCCAAUUCCAACAUUCCAACAAUUUGCGGUCCAUCCGCAAUCGGCUUCACUCUUGACUUGCCGAUCCUCGACUUCAACUUUGCGAGUUCCUCAAAGCGAAAAAGUAUAUAGCAUUAACCUUAUAAAGGGAAAAUACGUAACACUUUCCCCUGAUGCGACAGAUGUUUGCCACGACGAGCUCUCAUGUAUCGGGACAUCGGGACUUUGUCACGGGCAAGAAAACCAAUUGCCUCUCGCCACUCGGAAAUUUGACCACCUCGGAAUUCAAUAGGCCCAUCACUGUUGUUUGUUGUUUGUCUCGCCUUCCAACAAACCUUCCAUUUAUCACACUCUUCGGCCACAACGAAGCACUUGAGCAAGCAAACCAUUUUGGUAUAGAUAAUAUUUUGUUUCCUCCUUGGCAUUGACGACAUGGUUCGUUUUCUUUUCCUGGCGGCAGCUUUGUUGUGCCAAUCGUCGGCAUUUCUGCCCCCCAACAGACGAUUAUCUCCAGCCACAAGUCUGUUGGUGUCAGAGCUGGAAAAGGAAGUGGAAACAGUCAAUCCCAUUAAACUCGAAAAGUCCAAUGGUGCCAAUGGCAGCACUGGACAGGCGUACUACAACCUCAAGAAGGGUAGCAAGAUUCCUUCUACUUUGCGCAUUGAAGGAAGAGGGAUCCCCAACCGCAACGAUCCCGUCCAACUCUUGGACUCGUCUACGUACGAGUCCGACCUGAUCAACAGUUGGGAUGUGUACCCAGAACGACAACGAGGUUUCGAUUGGGAAGUGGAAAAGGCACGACGAUACUUUGCCGGUCUUCGGUUGCGAGAAGAUGGAACGUGGGUUAAGCAGCCAUCCUUUUUCGAUUUCCUCGUCAGCGAACGACGCAUGUCAGCAAUGGAUGGCGGCUCCUCUCCUAAACCAGUCAACAUGUGGGAUGCUGCCAUUCUCAUGACGACCAACGUCGUUUCACAGCUGGGAUUUGCACCAGCUUUGGGUAUGGCAUCUAUUCCCACUGCUGUGAUCCAGAAAUAUGAAGGCUCCUUUCUCUCCUUCAUCAAGGGAGUUCUGGGAGGAGAUCUGCAAACCCUUGCGGGGGGUCCCUUGUUCUUGCUGCUUGCCAAGUACUACACAGAUUAUGGUCCCAUUUUCAACCUGUCCUUCGGACCCAAGUCAUUCCUGGUCAUUAGUGAUCCUGUCAUGGCAAGGCACAUCCUCAGGGAAACUCCACCAGACCAGUACUGCAAAGGAAUGUUGGCAGAGAUUUUGGAACCAAUCAUGGGUAAGGGCCUGAUCCCCGCUGAUCCAGCCACAUGGAAAGUUCGGAGGAGGGCCAUCGUACCUGGCUUUCACAAGCGGUGGCUGAACCGCAUGGUAACUCUGUUUGCCGACAGAGCAGAGAUUUUGUCCAACGAUUUGGUACAGAGAAGCAAGGCUGGCAUGGUGGUGGACAUGGAGGAAAGAUUCUGCAGUGUCACGUUGGAUAUCAUUGGAAAGGCUGUCUUUAACUACGAUUUUGGGUCCGUUACAAAGGAGAGUCCCAUCGUCAAGGCUGUCUACCGAGUCUUGAGAGAAGCCGAACACAGGUCGUCCUCCUUUAUCCCCUACUGGAACUUGCCAUAUGCCGACCAGUGGAUGGGAGGACAAGUGGAAUUCCGAAAAGAUAUGACCAUGUUGGACGAUAUUCUCUGUGAUUUAAUCAACCAGGCCGUCAUGACUCGACAAGAAGCAUCCAUUGAAGAGCUUGAGGAACGAGAAAAUGAGGACGAUCCAUCCUUGCUGAGAUUUUUGGUGGACAUGCGAGGAGAGGAUCUUUCGUCAAUGACAUUGCGCGAUGAUCUCAUGACGAUGCUCAUUGCAGGGCACGAAACAACGGCAGCUAUGUUGACCUGGUGUCUGUUUGAGUUGGCACAAGGUGAUCCGGGGCUUCUCAACGAGAUUCAAAAUGAGGUCAGAACGGUGCUCAAGGGUAAAGACCGCCCUGACUAUGAGGACAUUGUUGCCAUGAAAAAGCUACGAUAUAGUCUAAUUGAAGCGCUGAGACUGUAUCCAGAGCCACCAGUGUUGAUCCGUCGAGCAAGAACAGAGGAUACGCUUCCAGGCGGUGGAGCAGGUGUUGGUGACAGUAUCAAAUUGUUGCGAGGGACCGACAUCUUUAUCUCCACUUGGAAUUUGAACCGAAGUCCGGAGCUCUGGGAAAACCCUGAAAAAUUUGACCCUACAAGAUGGGAACGCGGCUUCCAGAAUGCAGGAGUCAAAGGCUGGGAUGGUUACGACCCUGAAAAGAUUCGUGGCCUGUACCCGAACGAGGUAGCCUCUGAUUUCGCAUUUUUGCCAUUCGGUGGAGGCGCACGAAAGUGUGUUGGUGAUCAGUUUGCCAUGAUGGAGGCUGUUGUGACGAUGUCUAUGGUCCUGAAAAAGCACGACUUUACGUUUGCCAUUCCGCCUGAAGAAGUUGGCAUGCAGACUGGUGCAACUAUUCACACCAUGAACGGUCUUCAAAUGACAGUGAGAACGAUUUCUGAAGAUGAACCAUUGCCAAAGACGGAUGGAUACUGGACUAAGCAGCAUUUGAAGCGGGGACUGAGCACUAAUGGGCUGCCGAUUGCAAAGGAAGAGGACGCAGAAACCCAAGAAAAGAAGCUGAACAUGGAGUUGUCGAUUCCAAUGGAAAUCAAAAACGAGGACGCAAAUUGAACAACCGAAGGAGGCUGCCUGAUGCAUUGAGAACAAUGAACUGUGUCAUUCCGCUUUACUCGCCUAAGCCUCGGUUGCAUCCCGCGGACAGCGAAGCUACCGCAUCACAAAUCAGCACACGCUACAUCACACAACAUAACACCACAGAAGUACAGUUUCACAAUGAAUCAUUAAUUAACCUUAGUCCAUGCAUCCCAACCAUUGUACAUUUCCAUAAGGUUUUGCCAGAGAUAACCUUGUAGUGUACAGUCGCACAGCACAACCUCCUCAAGAUAGCU